AGGAGCAGGCAGAGGGUGUUUCUCCAUUGCAUCUCGGCCAGGGACAGCUGACUGGUUGGGAUCUAAUUGCUCUCAAGUGAGGUCAGCAGGAGGCAUUUAUCUAAGCAGAGUGCACGGCGACAGCGGAAGAUGCACAGAGUCGGCCUGCCAGAAUCAGGGAGAGAUCCAUGGGAAUUGACAGAAGCUCCCAGCUCUUGUUUAGUUUUACUGCAUUACUGGACCUGGUUUACCACUGAGGCUUCAGAACUACAGAGACUUCAAAUUAAAGCUCCUGCUGAAGGGGAACACACCUCUGACAACUGCUGUCAUCCUGCGGAGCUCAUUUAUAUUGUGUGUAACUUUUCCUGAGCUGGAUUAUGACGUCCCUCGCCGGACUAUGGUCUCAAGAGGAUGGAGCAGUCAACGUGCACCAUCACUGAGGACUAAACACCGUCUCACAGUCCCCCAUCGUCUUCCUCUUCAGACCGCUCUCCAGCUUCCGCCGACCCGACCACCUUCACAAAGUCUCCCCCACCACCGCCCAGUCUCACGGUCCCAGCAGGAGCAGGGGCACCGGGGUCACAAACCUGGGGUCGCUGGGCUGAGGGACAGUGCACAGAUCUCUAGCACGCAUUUCAGUAUGUUGUUCAUUGAUCCCCACUGCAUUGUAUUAUAAUGCGCAAAUGGAUGCUGACAUGGAACCUUCAAAAUCCGUUCUCGGGACUGUACUUGCAUGCAAUCUUCCUGUUGGGCAGCGUGCGUGUGGUCUACAGUGACUGCACUCCAGAGCAACUUGCCGCCAUCAUGAACUGCUCCAAACACGAGCGCCACACCAGGAACUACGACUACAUGGAGGGAGGAGAUGUGCGCAUCCGUCAGCUGUUCAGCCGCACACAGUGGUUCCUGACAAUCGACGACAGAGGCAACAUCACUGGGACUCAAGAUGCCACCGACUGCAACAGUAUCCUGGAGAUCAGGACCGUGUCCGAAGGCGGCGUACUGGCCAUCAAAGGUGUGAAGAGUCAGCUCUACAUUUGUAUGACGAAGGCUGGAGUGCUGCAAGGCGAGGAUACCUACAAUGAAACCUGCAACUUCAAAGAGGUCUUCCUAGAAAACUACUUCAACGCUUACUCCUCUGCAAAGUGGACAAAAAACAGCAAAGAAAUGUUCAUAGCGCUGUCUCAGAAGGGAAGGCCGAUGCGAGGGAAGAAGACGAGGAGGAAGCACAUAGCAUCUCACUUCAUCCCUAUGAAAUGCAGGGAGGAAGAGCGGAGGGUGGACUGACAGCAGGACUCAAAUAGCUUAUGAUUUCAACCACAUAUUAUAUAUGUUAAUAGACACAUGUAAACUCAGUACCGAACAUCCCACUCCACUCUCGUCAAGUUGUAUACAAGUUGUGUAGUAUUCCAUGAUGUGUUGUCGUUUUUAUAUGAGAAAACGACAGAUUGGGUUCAGUGAAGAACGAGAAAAUACUGAAAUAUUUGUAAAGUGCUUAAACCACGACACAAACUGUAAAAACACUAAAGUCUACUCAACGUUAUUGUUAUUUUGAGUUAAUUAUUAUAUUUCCCUAAAAAAAGCAGCAACGUGUUUUCUCAUAAAACAGUAAAAUACAUGAGUAUAUAUAUAAACGCACAGUCAGGACUGUAUUCUUUUCUAAGGAUGAUCAGCACCCAGCCAGAUGAGGAGACCUGAACCGUCAACACUCAGCUCCAGAGAGGUUUGGCUCGACGAGCUGUUGACGUGCUGAAGCAAGCUGGACUUGUCUUUUUAUAAUGGUACUGGUGCUCGGAGCACACAAAACAGAGGCACAAUAAAUACCAUUACAACAAUGUGCUCGCUGAAAUUACAGUUUGCAGGACCAUCUGUUCGUGGAUGAUCUGUUUCCAUCCCUCUGUCUUUCUUUUGUUAAAAACCAGACUCGUGGUCUAAUGCAUUGUAGCUGCUCACUGACGCCCUCCUUCAUUAUCAAGGUGUGAUUUUGAAAUACUAAAAUAUUCUGCUGCUGCUGAUGAAAAGAUAUCAUGAUUAAAAUGUUACCAACAUAAAGAAUGUGUAAGAUAUGGAAUCUCGUCCCCUUCACAAUAAGAGUUACCAGUACUGUGCGAGCAUGGGUUUAUUUGAAUUGUUAGUUUUUGUUAAGAGGUUACUACGGUAACACGGAAAUCGUAUAAUUGAUAUUUGUAUUAUCCAUUCUGUCUUUAUCACAACUUAUCCCCCUCUUAAAUCCCAAAGGCCAACUCUCUCUGCAGGAUAUCACCAUAUAUGUUAUAUAUUAUAUAAUAUACAUAAUAUACAUAAUAUUCCAGUCCUGGCCACAACAUCACAGUAACUUAUAAUUCACAGUUCUAAGUUAUUUGCUUUAUUUAUGCAAGUGUUGAAGCACAGUAUUACUGAUACUGCAUUACUUUUGACCACUAAGAACGACCAAAGACUUCACAACAUAUUGAUGGAAACUAUAGCUUAUGAAGUUACUUCAAUUACUCACACAGUCAUUAAAGUCAAGGUGAACUUUCAUUUCUUUUUGGGGUCAUUUUUCCAGAAUUCACAAGCACUUUUUUCUCCUCUGUCAAAUAUCUGGAACUCAUUUUUUCUUGCUAAAUGUACAAACUUUUGUCAACUUUUGUCAACCCUCUACAUGUCAGCUGACACACCGGCCACCUGGUAAAGUACAACCAACAUGUCUUAGCAGCU